CUAUUUCACCUCGUUGGCUCUUCCAAUGUUGAUGUGAAAAAUGCAAUGACCUUCAGCGGGCCUCUGGAAGACAUGUUCGGGUAUACAGUCCAACAGUAUGAAAAUGAGGAAGGGAAAUGGGUACUUAUUGGUUCACCAUUAGUUGGCCAACCUGAGAAAAGAACAGGAGAUGUAUACAAAUGCCCUGUAGGAAGGGACAACGAGUCACCCUGCAUAAAACUGAACUUACCAGCUGCUACUUCAGUUCCUAAUGUUGUGGAAGUAAAAGAAAACAUGACUCUUGGAACAACCUUAGUGACUAACCCAAAAGGAGGCUUUCUGGCAUGUGGACCACUUUAUGCUUAUAAAUGUGGGCGUUUGCAUUACACAACAGGAGUUUGCUCUAAUGUCAGCUCCAGUUUUGAAACCGUCGAGGCAAUUGCUCCGUCUGUGCAAGAGUGUAAAACCCAGUUGGACAUUGUCAUAGUCCUUGAUGGGUCCAACAGCAUUUAUCCAUGGGAGAGUGUCACAGCAUUCCUAAACAGCCUCCUGAAAAACAUGGAUAUAGGUCCUCAGCAAACACAGGUUGGAAUUGUUCAGUAUGGACAGACUGUAGUCCAUGAAUUUUUCCUGAAUACGUACUCGACAACGGAAGAUGUGAUGGCUGCAGCCACAAGAAUACGCCAGCGGGGUGGCACACAAACUAUGACAGCCCUGGGAAUAGAUACAGCGAGGAAAGAGGCUUUUACUGAGGCUCAUGGCGCACGGAGAGGAGUACAAAAAGUAAUGGUUAUUGUGACUGAUGGGGAAUCACACGACAACUACAGAUUAAAAGAAGUGAUUGAUAAUUGUGAAGAUGAAAACAUUCAGAGGUUUGCUAUUGCUAUUCUUGGCAGCUACAGCAGAGGAAAUUUAAGUACUGAGAAAUUUGUAGAGGAAAUAAAAUCAAUUGCCAGUAAGCCUACUGAAAAGCAUUUCUUCAAUGUCUCAGAUGAAUUAGCUCUUGUAACUAUUGUUGAAGCACUUGGAGAGAGAAUAUUUGCCCUAGAAGCAACAACAGACCAGCAGGCAGCCUCAUUUGAAAUGGAAAUGUCUCAAGCUGGUUUCAGUGCUCAUUAUUCACAGGAUUGGAUCAUGCUUGGAGCUGUUGGAGCAUAUGACUGGAAUGGCACAGUGCUCAUGGUGAAGGACAGUGGUAUUUCAACGCCAACUAAUGACACUUUUCGUGACAGGCUUUCAGAAAAAAACGAACCCCUUGCAGCCUAUCUAGGAUAUACUGUGAAUUCAGCAUUGACACCUGGAGGCAUACUGUACAUAGCAGGAGAGCCACGAUACAAUCACACUGGACAAGUUAUCAUUUAUAAAAUGGAGGGAAGAGAGGUACAAGUCCUUCAGAGGUUAAAUGGAGAACAAAUUGGGUCAUACUUUGGGGGUGUUAUUACCACAAUUGACAUUGAUAGGGACUCAUUUACAGACCUUCUUCUUGUUGGAGCUCCCAUGUAUAUGGGAACUGAGAAGGAGGAGCAAGGCAAAGUAUAUGUUUAUGCUCUGAACAAGACAAAGUUUGAAUAUUGGAUGAGUCUCGAACCUGUAAAGCAAACAUGCUGUUCACCGCUAAAACAGGACACCUGCAAAGUUCUUAAGAAUGAGCCUUGUGGCGCACGCUUCGGGACUGCGAUUGCUGCAGUGAAGGAUCUCAACCUUGAUGGGUAUAAUGACAUUGUAAUAGGCUCUCCCUUAGAGGAUGAUCAUCGGGGAGCUGUUUAUAUUUAUCAUGGCCAUGGCAACACAAUCAGUAAAAAAUAUUCGCAGCGUAUUGCAUCAGGUGGAGAUGGUGAAAAAGUGAAAUUUUUUGGGCAGUCUGUGCAUGGAGAAAUGGAUUUAAACGAUGACGGGCUGAUUGAUGUCACCAUUGGAGGCCUUGGUGGGGCUGCCCUCUUCUGGUCUCGUGAUGUGGCUGAAGUAAAUGUUUCCAUGCAAUUUGCACCCAAGAGCAUCAAUAUCCAACAACAGAAUUGUCAGAUAAAUAAAAGAAAAACAAUAUGCAUAAAUGCCACAAUUUGUUUUAAGACGAGACUAAAGUCGAAGGAAGAUAUAUUUGAAUCCAGUCUGCAGUAUUGGAUUACUCUCGACGCACAACGACAAAUAUCUCGAAGCUUGUUCACAGAAAGCCAUGAGAGGAAAAUGCAAAAAAAUAUAACUAUCAAAGGGUCGGAAUGUAUUAAACAUAGCUUCUACAUGUUGGAUAAGCCUGAUUUUCAGGACUCUGUAAAGGUUUUACUGGAGUUCAAUUUUUCUGAUCCAGAAAGUGGACCUGUUCUUGAUAGCAACUUGCCAAAUUCUAUAUCUGAAUAUAUUCCUUUCACAAAAGAUUGUGGAGCCAAAAAUAAAUGCAUUUCAGAUCUUGUUCUGAAUGUAAAAGCAAGCAUAGCUGGAGACAGCUCUUCUCCAUUCAUUGUAAAGUCACGCAAUGAUAAGUUCACCAUCCAGCUUUCUGUGAAGAACAAAAAAGACAGUGCCUAUAAUACCAGAGUUUUGGUUCAGUAUUCUCCAAAUAUUAUUUUUGCUGGCAUUGAGGAUAUACAGAAAGAUAGCUGUGAAUCUAAUCACAACAUCACCUGUAAAGUGGGAUAUCCAUUUCUAAAACCUGCAGAAGAGAUUUCCUUCAAAAUAUCAUUCCAAUUCAAUGCAUCAUAUCUCCUGGAAAAUGCUACUGUUCAUGUAUAUGCAACAAGUGACAGUGAAGAACCACCUGAGACCUUGAGUGACAACAGAGGACACGUUACAAUUCCAGUAAAAUAUGAAGUAGGAUUAAUAUUUCUAAGUGUUUUCAAGGAGCACCAUGUUAUAAUUGCAGCAAAUGAUACCGUCCCUACUGCUAUUAACACAACUGAACAGAUUGGGGAUGAAGUUACUCUGCAUUAUAAGAUUGAAAAAGGUGAACACUUUCCAAUGCCAAACCUCACACUGCAGAUUUUAUUUCCCAAUGUAACAGCAGCCAAGAACACUCUUCUCUACCUUACUGCAUUGUCACAUUCCCAAAAUGCCAUCUGCCAAACUAGUUACCCUGUAGAUCCCUUAAAGAUCAGCACUGGGAAACCAUUUGUGUUGCCAAAAAUAAAAGAACCUACAAAGGAUACAAUUAUGGACUGUGAUACAUACAGCUGUGCAUCUAUUAAUUGUGCCCUGGUCCCAUCUGACAUAUAUCAAGUGAAUGUUUCAUUAAGAGUAUGGAAACCUACCAUCAUAAAAGCAAGUAUUCACAGCUUAACCCUCAUUGUGAAAGCAUUACUUAGGAGUGAGAACUCAUCACUGAUUUUGAGAAAUGACCAUCAAAAACUGGAGACCAUGAUUAAGAUUUCCAAAGAACUCCCACCGGGUACAGUCCCCUUAUGGGUUAUCCUCCUGAGU